CUAAUGGCCGAGGAAAUGCAUAUGUAGCUUAAGAAAUAGAAAUAACACACGGAGAACUUCCCUGGAGGACUUGACAGUAUCAGACAGCGUCCGAGGCGGAACAGCCCACUGACAGCUGAGCCCCACCCAGUUUGUCCUGCUCGCAGCAGAGGGAACUGCCCCGCCUCCUCCUGAGGAAGGUGACGUGCGUGCAGGUGGCCGUGGUUUAUAUCACACGGCCCGAUGCCCUGGCUACUGCUGAUGAGACAGAGAAGGGCCACUGUGCCAAGGGCAGAGGUACAGGUUGGUUUCGCCCAAUGAGCUGGCCUGCUGGUGAACAUUGAUAGGGAUGGCAGUGAUCAACUAGACAAAUUGUAUUUUCUCUCUGGAGUUUGAGCCUGAGGCCUAUAGAGACAGACAGCAAAACCAGGGCUGGCCAGACAAGCAGGGAAGGCAUGACAGACAGGCCCAUGGAUCCAGUCCGGGUUGCCGUGGUGGGGGCAGGUGUGAUGGGGCUCUCCACCGCUCUGUGCAUUUCCAAAUUGGUCCCAGGAUGCUCCAUCACAGUCAUUUCAGACAAGUUCACUCCUGAGACAACGAGUGAUGUGGCAGCUGGAAUCCUUAUUCCCCACGUUUACCCAGACACACCCAUCCACAAGCAAAAGCAGUGGUUCAGAGAGACCUUUGACCACCUAUCGGCAAUUGCCAAUUCUGCAGAAGCUGGGGAGGCUGCCGUUCACCUGGUGUCUGGUUGGCAGGUAUUUCAGAGCAUUCCUACUGAAGAAGUGCCAUUCUGGGCUGACGUGGUUCUGGGGUUUCGAAAGAUGACCAAGGCUGAGCUGAAGAAAUUUCCCCAACAUGUGUUUGGUCAGGCUUUUACAACGCUGAAAUGCGAAGGUUCUGCCUACCUCCCAUGGUUGGAGAAAAGGGUAAAAGAAAGGGGGGGCACGAUACUCACCCGGCGAAUAGAAGACCUGUGGGAGCUUCACCCGUCCUUCGACAUCGUGGUCAACUGUUCGGGCCUUGGAAGCAGACAGCUUGCUGGAGACUUGGAGAUCUUCCCCGUGAGGGGCCAGCUACUUAAAGUUCAGGCUCCCUGGGUGAAGCAUUUUAUCCGAGAUGGGAGUGGACUGACAUAUAUUUACCCCGGUGUAUCCAACGUAACCCUGGGUGGCAGCAGGCAAAAGGGAGACUGGAAUCUGUCCCCAGAUGCAGAAAUUAGCAGAGAUAUUCUUUCCCGAUGCUGUGCUCUGGAGCCCUCCCUCCACGGAGCCUGGGACAUAAAGGAGACGGUGGGCUUGAGGCCCUACAGAGCAGGUGUCCGGCUGCAGAAAGAGCUCCUAGCCCGGGAUGGCCGGAGGCUGCCUGUGGUCCACCACUAUGGCCAUGGGAGCGGGGGCUUCUCCAUGCACUGGGGAACGGCUCUGGAGGCCACCAGGCUGCUAAAGGAAUGUGUUCAAGCCCUCAGGGCCCCCGCUCCCAAGUCAAAGAUGUAAGUGACAUGAAAUGACAGCAAAUGGCCCAGGAGACUACUGACCAACAUAAUUUCUGAUACAAUGUGUAUGAGUAGAUUUGGAACUAGUACUAAUCUAAUCUGGUGCUAUUCUGGUACUAGAUUUACAUCUAUUACUAAUCACCUGGAACAUAAAGCUCUGUUUCUACUAAAAAUAAAGAUUUUGAUAAAAAAAGAUUUCUUUUAGAUCUAGUGUCCAAGAAUCUAUGUUCAUUUACGUGGAUGCUGGAAGCUGUAGGGAUUUCGACAUCUUUGGCUCAUAAAUCCACAGGAGGAGAUACGGCACGGGAGCCACUGAGCUCACUGCCAGUGGCAGAGCUGCCCAUGAUGCUCCCUGGUUGUGGUCGAAUGAGAUUAAA